AUGAAAGAGGAUCUUUAUACUAAAGAGACCAUCACAAUAGACAAUACAAAGCUAGAGGUGUACAAACACAACAAUGGCAUAUUAUUUGUGCCAAAUACGAAAAAUAACUGCAAAGCAGUGAGCUCCAUAACAACAAAAAGCAUACAGAGUGUAUACACAAUUCUUGAAGAGAAAGAAGAGGAGCCAGCAACAAGCACAUACACUAAAUACCUAUACCUGCUUAAAAAAAGAGCAGCCAGUGCAAGGCGGACUAAUAAGAAAUAG